AUGGACGACACAAGAAAUAGCGAAGGCAAAAUCGAUGCAGUAUUAAACAUAUGUAACAUUUUACCUGCACGACUCUUUGAAGAAACAAUAAUAAUAUUGUCAAAAAUAGACAAAAAUUUAACAAAUAAUAUAUUAAUAAAUAAGGAAGGCCCAAUUAAAAUUAAAUUUGAUAAUAAAGAAAAAAAAUAUUUUUUAGGUAAUAUGUUUAAUAAGGAAAAAGAAUCAUAUAGAUCUCCAUAUACAAAUUUAUAUUAUCCAGAAAAUUUUCCCAAUGGUUAUAUACCAUCUGAACCUUUAAGAAGUUUAGAAAUAUUAUAUAAUGAAAUAUUUGAAAGAUAUCGAAAAGCUUAUUAUAUAAAUGGUUUAUCAUCUGUUUAUUUAUGGCCUAAUCCAAUAGAAGAUGGGUUUGUUGCAUGUUUUAUGAUAAAAAAAAAAGAAAAUUAUAGUAAUAAUACAUAUAUGGAUUGGGAAGGUACACAUUUAAUACAGGUAAAUAUAACCCACUCAAUUAUACAUUAUCAAAUAUCUACAACUUUAAAUAUUUCUAUAGUUCAAAAAAAUGAAACUAUAUUGUCUGCUUCUGUUAAUAAAGUUUUAGAAAAUCCAAAAAAAAUAUCAGAUAUUAAUUUAAUAAAAGAUAAAUUUUUUCAUAUAGAAAAUAUGGGGAAAAUAAUUGAGGGUAUUGAAAACUCCCUCAGAAAAAGUAUCGAAUAUAUAUAUCUGUCUAAAAUUAAUGAAAAUUUAAAUUCCCUUAGAUAUAAUGAUUUAUUAUACAAUAAUAAAAAUUAUCAUAAAAUAAAGAGCUUAGAAAGCAUUUCAAGUGAUAUAAAAUUUUCAAAAGGUAAUAUACAAAAUGAGCUAAAGUCUAAAUUAAAAAAAAAAAAUCUGAACGGGGGAACAGAAUAUCUCCUUAAUACUUAG